CAGAUCUUGACCAGAUCCAAGUUAUCACCGAAUUGACUGCAUCAUGUCGGUGGGUGAUCAAAGUGUAUCGGACCUCCUCUCGUCGGUAUUACCAAAGGGUUAUACGGCGGAUGAGUUUCAGCGACCCUUAGUGACCCUCACAUUUGCUCAAUCUCUUGACGGGAAGAUAGCAGGCAAGGGAGGCAAACAGCUUAUUCUCAGCGGGAAAGAAAGCAUGCUCAUGACUCAUUGGAUGCGCUCCAUGCAUGAUGCAAUUCUAGUUGGCAUCGGUACUGUGCUAAACGACGACCCCCAGCUAAAUACUCGCCAUAUCCCUGAGGAUGAUCAACCAUACCAUCUGCCUCGUCCUGUGAUACUUGACACAAACCUGCGCCUUAAACGGUAUUGCAAGCUGCUCAAAAAUUAUCGGGAAAGAAUAGGUCGCCGUCCAUGGGUCAUUUGCGGUGCUAACUCGACCCCCGAUUAUGCCGAAAGAAAGUCCGCCCUCGAGGAUUCUGGAGCGAGGGUGAUAGCCGUGCCCUCGGAGGACGGUGGGUCAUGUUUAAUUAUGAUUCCGGACCUCUUGAAGGUUCUUUACAACCUUGGAAUCAGGACCCUCAUGGUCGAAGGAGGUGCGACUAUCAUUGGCUCUUUCCUAGCGGAAUCUGCACGCACCAAGCCUAACGCCAUCAUUAACACACUCAUCGUCACAAUUGCUCCGGUGUUGAUUGGUGACGAUGGAGUUGGUUACGGCGAAAAACUCUCAACUGCGCAGAUCCCCACCUUGAAGCACAUCCGAACAGAGGUCAUGGGACGAGAUGUUGUUGUUUUUAGUGCAUUAGAGUGAAUUUGUUUGAGCGAGGGUUUGCCCCCGUGAGAUAGCAAGAAACUACGACAACACCAAAGCAAGGCAGAACAACUGUAUGUUACAUAUGCACAAUGAAAUAAAUGCUGGGUAUAACAGUC